AUGAAUAAUCCAUCCACUAUAGUAGAAAGUUUCGAGAAAGAAGAAACCCUAAGUGAAGAGAUUGUUCCAAAUAAGAAAAACGGGAAGGGUCGCAGAAAACGAGAAAAGAUAUUAGAAGAUGAAGCAAAACAACAGCUAAAGAAUUUUAGAAGAGAUAAAUCCAAACAAAUGAGCACACCAUUGGAUGAGAACAUGAGUGCAUCUCGUGGAAAUCCUGAAUUACGAUUGGUGUCUAACGAAAAUGCAAUGGAUGAACUGGAAAGCGAGCAAGCUGGACGUCGGAAAAAGAACCAACUCAUUUCUUUGAGAAACAUACCUCUUGAAAGAAAUGGCAGCCAUAAUAAAUUGACCAUCAAAAGUCCAACGACAAAAUCUACGAACUGCGCCAAUAUCACAGAACCUUAUAUGCCCAAAAGUAGCGACAGUCUUCCUAGUCUGAACCCAGAAAGUCCAGUCAAACUAGGUCCCACUUCAGAGAGAACAGUCUAUACUUUCAAGGAAGUGGAAUUCAGAUUAACCAAAAAAACAUCCAAGGAAGAUUUCAACUUCAAAUCAGUGUCUCCUGGUCCCUUAGAGAGAAGCUCCUCUUCCACCGUAAGCCAAACUAGCUACGAAUACAGUGCAUCCGACACUCCCAGGGUAGCUACAGUAUCCACUACUAAGUCUGCUUAUAUGGAACCAGGGAUAUGGUAUAAGCCACCUCCCCAUAAGGGUCUUCGUCCAAAGGAGCGGGAACCACCAUGUGCUAAGACCCAGGCGGCGCUGAAGGGAAAAUACUGCAAGUGCCCAACGUAUCUCAGGCAGUGGAUUCCCUCCAUCGCCUGCCAGUACGAGCUGGCCAGAAAUGCCGCACUGAAAGAGGCAGCUGAGCAAGGGAGCGUCGAGGAAGAGGAGAGACCUUGCUAAACUCGGUACGACUCUCACCCAUCCACCGACCGGUUUUCUCACCUUUGGCCUCUGGAGACGUCCAACUAAUGAACUGAUUUAUGAUUUUCAAACUUUCUUAAUCUGCACUGGAAAAGGCUCCCAUGAUUAAUUAUAUUUAGGGUGGUUAACCCUACGUCAUUUUAGCUUAACAAGGAAAGUUUCUGAUCUAAUGAUGUUCCUCUGAAAUGAUGUUCCUCUGAAAACGCGAUUUCACUUAUUAUCUGAGUAAAUGACCAAAUCAGUGAUGUUAGCUGGUUUCUUAAAUCAUUUAUUUUGUAAAUAUGUAUAAUAUUGAUCUUAAAAAAUGUUUUUUUUUCUUUUCGAUGUGUAAAGUGUAUAUGUGUGUAAUAUUAUAAUAUGUAAAGUUCUGAGCAAGUC